AUGGCAUAUCACACAGGCUCCCCCUACAGCCUCUACUCCAUGAUGGACGUUAACAGUCCAUUGAGUUCCUUUGGUGAGAAUUAUUAUGUGUCCGAACCUUACCAUCCUCCGCAUACCCCCGUUAUUAGUAACAUGUUUCACGGAAGCUUUCCGAGUUAUUACGAAGAUGAUGAUGAUGAUUAUUAUAAUGAGGAAGAUUUUCUUAUGGAGGAAUCAGAAAUCAGUCGACAUCUGAAAUCGGACGAAAAUAAAACAGGGAAUGUUGAAAAUAAAACGGAAAAAAUCGAAAAUAAAACAGGGAAUGUUGAAAAUAAAACAGGAAAAGUUGAAAAUAAGACGGGAAACGUUGAAAAUAAAACAGGGAAUGUUGCAAAUAAAACGGGAAAAGUUGAAAAUAAGACGGGAAACGUUGAAAAUAAAACAGGGAAUGUUGCAAAUAAAACGGGAGAAGUUGAAAAUAAAACGGGAAACGUUGAAAAUAAAGCAGAAAAAGUUGAAAAUGAAGAGAAGAGCAUAAGCAACAGGAAUAGUAAAUUGACUUUAUUUCAAGCUGUUAUGAUCAUGGUUCUUGUGAUGAGAUUAGGGAGAAAAAGGUGCAAGAGAUUGAGGAAGAAGCAUGAAGCCAGGAAGAAACUAUUAAAAUUCCUGGACAAAGUGAACGAAAGAAUUAAAAAGGACGAUCUUAAAAUGGAGAAUAAGUUAAAGAGGCUGAAGGUGAAAAUACAAAAGGAACGAACAAAUAUGGAGAAAAAAUGGAAUGAUAAAAGAAAAAGAGUCAGGGAUGAAGUAGCCCUUAAACCGUCAAAAGAAAAAUUGCCUGGAAUAGGCCCAUUCUACGACGAGAACAAAAGACUCUUGGAUAGGAAAUUGGACAUUGUAGAUAUGAAUUAUGAGAAGUAUAAAUAUAAUAAAGAAAAAGAAUGGAAUGCUAUGAAAGCACGUUAUCAUAAGAAUCUGAAGAAGGUACAUGAUAGACAGCAGAAGAGGAAACGGUUGAAGUGCAGACGAAUGUUCUUGUUUGAAAGGAGGUGGAACUUUGGACCAAAAACCAUGCAUAAGUUCCUGAAACAGAGAGGACAAAAAGUGGAGGAAGCUAAGGUGUUAGAUAUGAUAGGGGAAUUAGGGAGAAUAGAAAUAGUGAAGGCGCAGAAGGAGGAAAAAAUAGCAGAAGUGCAUAAAGCGGCAGAGGAGGCAAAAAAUGGAGAAGCGGCAAAAUUACAGGCGGCACAUGAGGCAAGAGUAGCAAGAGGGGAAAAAUUGGCAGGAUUGAUAGAAGCAGCAGAAAGAGCGGAAGCUGCAAAGAAGGCAUUGGCGACUGCAGCGGCGAGGGAAGAAGAAAUGGAAGAAGAUGAUGACGAUGAGUACUAUUAUUAUGUGGAUUCUGAUGAUGAAUAUUAUGAUGAUUCUGAUGGUGAAUAUUAUGAUGAUUCUGAUGAUUAUUACGAUGAACACCCCCCCGAGCACGGCUACGAGGACGAGGAUGCUUAG